GUUUGUAGGCGUGUCCAUCAAUUUUUGUGUGCUUGAUCUUCCAAUGCGCAUACGUAUGCUUUGGAACCCGUCUCUGACACUGUGGGAGCCCAAAUCAGACGUCGGGCUGCCAAGGCUUCACGUGUGAGUCACGUGCCCAUCUAAUGGCGACUCUGAAAAGUUGUGCAGGAGGGAAAGGAAGUUCCAAGAAGCAGGCGUCUAUUUCAGGAUUCUUCUCCCGCGGUCAAGUUUCUGACAACUCGCAAAAGUCUGAAGAAGUUCAAGGAACAGUCGAGUUAGAUUCAGAAGUCAGCCUCACUGAUGGUCAAGGCACCGAACAAGUGACACCUAGCGAGGUUUCUACCGCUGCUGGGCCUUCCAGUGGAUUGGUUCUAGAAGCCGCUAACGUUCUAGUAGGCCCUCAUCAACCUCGAUCCAAAGAUUUGUUUGGUGGAAGUUUUCCGAGGAGGCAAAUUUUGCGUCAGCGAAGAAGUUUUCAGGAGACUUGGUAUUCCCAGUUCCCUUGGCUGGAGUAUAGUGAGAAGGUGGAUUCUGCAUUUUGUUUUGCGUGUCGCCUAGCUGAGCAGAGCGGAAAGCAUGGCCACUACGAUGCAUGCUUUACUGAAAGAGGCUUUCGAAACUGGAAAACGGCACUAGAUGACUACAGAAAGCACGAGUCUUCGCAUGUGCACUGCUUGGCGGCAGCUGUGUGGAAUCAGGCAAGACAUGUUGCCGAAUCGGGCACGUCUGUAGCCCAGUCUGUCAGUACUGCGCACCAAUUAAGAAUAACCUUGAACAGACGAAAUCUCGGGAAAGUGUUUGAAACUAUCCUUUAUCUUGGGCGACAGUCUAUUGCUUUGCGUGGACAUGACGAAACGGAAGAUUGCACGAACAGAGGGAAUUUUCUCGAACUGUUACAUCUGCGGGCAUCAGAUAAUCCUGAGCUUGAGCAACACCUGCAAGGAACGUUUACGUACACCUCUCCACAGAUUCAAAAUGAAAUUCUAGCUCUUUGCGGUCACAAGAUUCAGCAGUCGAUAGUCCACGAACUCCGAACGUCCGGUAUGUAUGGACUGAUUUGUGACGAAACCACAGACGUAUCGAGACAAGAGCAGAUGUCCAUUUGUGUUAGGUACGUAAGUGAAUCAAUGACAGUAAAGGAACGCUUCUUGGGCUUUUGGCCAGCCGAAAGUACCGAUGGAAAGUCACUGUUCAAUCUUCUAAAUCAAGCUUUGAAUGAGUUAGGAAUUCCUGUAGGUCAAAUGAGAGCUCAGUGCUAUGACGGUGCGUCCAAUAUGCGAGGGAGAUACAAAGGUGUCUGUACUCGUUUUCAGGAAGUGGAAAAGAGAGCUCUAUACAUCCACUGCCAUGCUCACGUGCUGAACCUUACUCUAGCGAAUGCUUGUUCCGCGGUCCAGGAUAUUAGAAACGUUCUUGGAGUGGUAAACAGCCUCUACAAACUGCUGGAAGGAUCGGCAAAGAGACAUUCGCGGUUUCAGGCUAUCCAGGAGAAGCUAGGAGGCAGUUCUGUCACUCUCAAGAGACUUUGUGAAACUAGAUGGUCUUCACGCUAUGAAGCUGUACAUGCUAUCAAGUCCAGUUUUGAUGCGAUCAUUCACACUCUUGAAGCAAUUUCAACUGAAGAUGCCGAAUUAGGACCAGAAGCAUCCUUGUUGGAAGAGGUACUUGGGAAAACUGCUGUUCUUUCACGCUACUUACAAGGUCGGCGUGUCGAGCUGUCUGGAGUCAAGUCGAAAGUUUCUAGCACAAUCAAAGCCGUGGGUGCACUUCGUGAAGACUUUCAAGACGUCUGGAAAAAUACUGAAGACAUUGCGUCAAAACUAAGCUUGGAACUUCCACAACUUCCGCGCAAACGUAAAGUAGCACAGCGACUGGCCAUGGAUGGUGGUGGUACACCAUAUUACCCUCAGUCUUGUCAAGAGCAAUAUAAACUGGUUUACAAUGAGGUCGUAGAUAUCGUGCGAAUGGAAAUGAAAGAGAGAUUUCGUGAGAAUGAAUAUGAAGUUCUGGCUGCAGUCGAAAAACUUCUAGUAGACUCACUGACAGAGAGCCGACCAGACCGGUCGAGUCUUCAGACAGUGUGCACAUUUUAUGGCAACGACUUCAAUUCUGGCCGACUUGAGCAUGAACUUGAAAUUUUUUAUGGUAAUAUUCAAGCGUACCAAGGCGAACCGGACUGGACUGUAGAGAGUGAAGAGGGAACUGACUUGCCCGAACUUGUAAAAGUCCGGACGUUCUUCAACAAAGGCACUAACAGGGACUGCUACCCAGAAACUUGUAAGCUUCUUAAGACACUUCUUGUCAUUCCUGCAUCUUCAUCGGAAUGUGAACGAUCAUUUUCCACUCUCCGUCGUUUGAAAACGUGGCUCAGAACGUCGAUGGGACAAGAACGUCUGACUAGUCUAGCACUCCUGACAGUCGAGCGCGAAGAAUGUCGAAAAUUGGAGUGUAGAGUGGAAGACCUUGUUGCAGAGUUUGGGUCUAGUGGACGAAGGCGUUUACUGUUAAAUUAGUUUAUCGCACCUCCGUGACGUCUAGAACAGCUGUUGCAUUUAAACUAUGCUACGCUAUCUAGAGUACCCUGGAACCGUUGGUUAAUUGCAAACUAUUUAGCUGCCAGUAGAACGUACUCUGCUCACACAAGAAUGAUCAAUUCUCCAAGCUCCCACGUAUGCACCACUCAGUCUUCAAGUACGCAUGUGACAGCUUUUUGCCCAUAUGUAGGUACGUACUACGAAGGCAAGAAGUGUGUGGUUGGCUGAUUUGACUGAUGAAGUGGGCGUGUCCCGUUGCGUCGCAAAGUCUAGCCCCCCCAAUCCUAG